GGAGAACAGGAAGUGAGAAGUGAUCGGUCUUUAACAGCCGCUCACAGUUUGUUCAGUCGGGGUUUCCUCAGCAACAUGGCCGGUCAUCUCCGACUUCUCCUCAUCCUCUGUCAACUCACAGGGAUUUACAGCAUCAGUAAAGUGUCAGUGAAAGCUGGAGAUUCUAUCACCAUCCCGUGUCCGUAUCAGUCCAGAUACACAAACCGUGUGAAAUACUUGUGUAAAGGUUAUUUUUGGGAGUCCUGCAGUUUCGCAGUCAAAACAAACAAACCCGAUAGGUCAGGAAAGUUUUCCAUCUCUGACGACAAAAACGAAGGAAUCUUCACUGUAACUAUCAAAUCUCUGACCGCCACAGACACUGAUUACUGGUGUAAUGUGGAGAUUAAUCACGGGGCGGACCAUGGAGAGUAUUUUCAACUGGUGGUCACAGGUAAACCCAGUCUCUAUGUGGAUCGUCAGGAGAUUAAAGGAUACAUUGGAGAUGAUCUAGCCAUCCGCUGUUACCAUGGUUCCUCUGGAAAAAUGCAGUGGUGCACGCUGGGCAGAAACUGCGUCACAGGCCCGCGGGGGAAAAUAGACGGAAAAGAAGUGACCAUAAAUUCUACGAUUCCUCAUGUUUCUACUGUGACGAUGAGCAAGGUGACGAGACAGAGCAGCGGCUGGUACUUGUGUGUUCAGGGAGAUCUACAGAUGCCGGUGCAUGUCACGGUCACUGAGAGACCUGUAAUAAUGACAUCCACUCCGUUAUUCACAUCUGGCUCUGGUGAUGGAGAAACAGCACAGCACAGUUCAGUUCUCCUGAUGAGCCUCAUCAUCCCUCUGAGUCUGUUGAUCGUCGUUGUCAUGGUGACCUUGUUCAUAUUUUUGAUGUUGAAAAAACAGAGGACAAGGAAUUCGCAGUCGCCAAACAUGGCAACGAGUUCAUGUGGAAGUGACGGGGAUGUGUUGUACAGUUCUGUGCUCAUCAAAACAAAACCACAAAAGGAUGAAGCCAAAGGGCAGGUUAAAGCCCAAGAUGAGCACUUAACAUACAGCACUCUGAAAAACUCUCACUCGUGAUUCCCUAAUUCUGCCAUCACUUUUAUUUUAUUAUUUGUGGUUCAAGUUCUCAAAAACAUUUCCAUCAAAGGAAUAUGGCAAAAUAACCAAUAUAGCCCUCUCUACAAACUGUCCUGUGAUUGGUCAAAGAAUGAUUUAUCUGAAACCCAAAUAUUUUUGUGUGUGUCAUCAUUGUGGAUUUUUUUUCAGAGAAAAUAGCUACUGCCAGAAUUAAGUUCAACGGUAUUAUAAAUACAUCCUUUUAAUUACAUGCUUCCUCUGCAGAGAAGGAAAUAAAAGUUCAGCCUUUCUGACACAUGGCCGUAGUGUUGUUGAAAUCUAUCCUGAUCUACGUCAAUAAAAUUGCAUGUUCUCAAAA